AUGUUAUUUGUUGCGUUGAUCGCGUAUGCUUCCUACAGGUAAGCAACAAUUUUCGAACUAAUUUUAUUUUUUCAAAAAUUCCAGUUUUCACAUAUUUAUUCCAAUUGCGCCAACAAAUUCAAUCGAAUGUCAUAAAAUGAUAAAUUCAUCUUCGGAAUAUUAUUUGAACUAUUUUGAGAAUAGAACAAUCUUGAAUGCUACUGAAAAUGACAAAAAGUGAGUCUCUAACUAUUUUUAUAGAUUAGUUUUUGAAAUUAAAUUUUUUAGUUGUUUUCAAAUUCGGCGUCGACGAUAUCUUCCAACUGAUAUGCCGAAAACUAUGGCAGGAAAUCAUAAUAUGUUUUUUAUUCGGGUUGUAUCAAAGGUAAGUCUUGGAUCGUAGAUCACAAUUCAAUUUUUGUUAAUGCGAACUUCGCUUUGAAAAUUCAAGACCCACAAGAGGUAAACGAAAAUUCUGCUUCGUUUUAGGACUACGAUUUCGUUGAGGAAGUAUUAACAAUGAUGCAUUCACCACUACACUUUUUUUGUUUUGUUCUCGAUCAAUCAUCAGAACAAGAAUUCAGAGAAAGGGUAAGGAACUGAUCGAACUUUCACUCAAAACGUUUUAGACUCUGAUAUCCCGUGUGAUCUUUCUAGUAAAAAUCUAUUUCAGAUGCAUCGUCUUGGUGAUUGUAUGGUUAAUGUAUUAGUACCAAGAGAAACAUUUGAUAUAACAACAAGUCACGGACUAUUAAAAGCCCAUAAACGAUGUUUAACAGAAAUUGAUGCUUUCGAAUGGAAACAUGUGAUAAUCACAUCGGUAAUAAACUAUUCAUUUACGAGUGUAAACAAUUUAUUUUUUAGGAAUAUGAUAUUCCUUUACACUCAACAAAAUAUCUAGCAAGAAGAUCGCGUCGACUUCGAGAUUCUUUUGAAAUUAAUGGGGAGACUUUCAAAGAGGACACAUUAUUGCAUGCUGAUCCAAAAAAUCAAACAUCUCAUUGUAAGUUCUACUAAAAAAUAUUUUUUUUCAAAAUCAAUGUGUUUUUCUAGUAUUCAAAGUCACUAAAAACUGGAUUCAACAUCUUGGUUCAACUGCAACAAUAAGUCAUUCUCAACAUGAUCGAUUAUACAAAUAUCUCUUCAAAACUCCCAAUUUUGUUUUGGUGAGUGUGAUCUUUAAUGUUCUUAGUCCUAGUCUCAUCACGUCAUUCAUUUCAGCCAUCAGAGAACAACAAAGAACUGAUUGUGUUGGAGAAAAAUUGUAAAAGUUCAAAAUAUGACAUUGAUGGAUCAUGUAUUCAUGGCAUGGAAGAUUAUCCACAUCUAAGGUAACCAUAAACAUUUUUGAGGCUUUAAUAAAUAAAUAGAACUUUUGUAGAAGUCUCACUCGUCUUUUCAUCCGAGCUGAUCCAAAUUUCGACAAUGGAUUUAUUGAAUGUGUUCAUGAGGUGAUAUUUGAGAGAACAUAUUUUGAUCCAAUUUCAAAUUCAAAUUCCAAUAAUUAUUUAUAUGGUUCUGGUCAUAAUUCAAUCGAAAACUAUCGAGUUUAA